CAGUGAGUAUACGUUUUUCCUGCGUUUAGAGAGAGAGAGAGAGAGAGAGACCAGAGAUCUACUGCCAUGGCAGUAGUUACCAAGAUCCAAGCUUUUUUGAACCACCCGGCUGGCCCUAAAACUAUUCAUUUUUGGGCUCCAACUUUCAAAUGGGGUAUAAGCAUAGCAAACGUUGCUGACUUCUCAAAACCUCCUGAGAAGCUCUCUUAUCCUCAACAAUUAGCUGUUACGUGUACUGGACUCGUAUGGUCGCGCUACAGUAUGGUGAUCACGCCGAAAAACUGGAAUCUUUUCAGUGUUAAUGUGGCAAUGGCUGGGACAGGGUUGUAUCAACUAUCGCGGAAAAUAAAGCACGAUUAUUUUCCGGAGAAAGAAGCCGUCGCGGAAGGGCAAUGAACAACCACACGGGCCAACAUGGGUUAAUGGUGCCAGCUCUUUUUCUUUUUGGAUUUGGAUAUCAGUUUAUGCAGAGCCGAAAUUGAAAUUUCUUUUGAAGUCAUGUGCUUUUUUUUUUUGGUUUUUGUAAUUAUUUUCCUAAUUUGGUUUGUGGGUUUAGAAAAUAUUCAACUGGGAGUGCAUAAUAAAGUUCUGCCUUUGAAUUUGCAAGAUGCCUGGUUGAUUUGUCA